GUUCUUGAGAAAAGUAGCCUUUUGCAAGAAAAGUGUUUUUUGGAGGGAGAUGGAGGAUCAUAAGCCCACGAGUUACACGUUUGAGAUAGAUAACUUCUCCCAGAAGGAAUCGAAGAUAGCAUCACCAAACUUCUUAAGCGGCGGCUGCGAAUGGUUUGUUCAAGUUCAUCCCAAAGGAGACCAUAUUGAAGAUCACUUGGCUCUGUUCCUCUACGUUGCGAAUUCUGAAUCAUUGCGACUUGGAUGGAAAAGAAGAGCUAAUUUUUUCUUCGUUCUGCUGGAUCAAUCCGGCAAAGAGCUCUACAAAACAAAAGAAUUGUUGUGCAAGUUGUUUUGCGCUCAGGUCCCAGGAUGGGGUUUUCCAAAGGCCGUGCUUCUUAAAAUGCUUCAAGAAAAAGGGCUUUUCACGAAGCACCCUGACAUUGCAGUGAAUUUAAAACCAAAGAGCCAAUUUGUGAAGACAACAUACAUGAAUCUCCUCCUCGGUCUCAUCGAGACACUGAACAAGCCUCCACAUAGCUUCUCCGAGACUGAGCUAAGCAACGCUCGCAGGGAGCUGAUGGAUCUAACAGAAGCUAGCUUCAAGCUAGACUGGUUGAAGACAAAGCUUGAUGAGGUUUCCUUGGAGAGGAAGAAAGCAAGUGCUGAUAGUAUUAGAGUCCGAGAACUCGAGGAACAAGUCAAGAAUCUCAAAGCUGAACUGAAUAAGGAGAAGGAAAAAUCAGCUACUUCUGCUGCCAAAGUGUUGUCCUUAGAGAAGACCGUGUCGGAUAUCAUAGAGCAGAACAAGAAGCUUUUCAAAGCCCUUUGUAAUUCUACCGCUAAUUUUGGUAUUUUGUUUACGAAUUUUGGUAUCUCAGAGCAGAAGCCUGAGAAUAGUAUGGAGGAUCAAAAGCAGACGAGUUUCACCUUUGAGAUAGAUAACUUCUCGGAGAAGGAAGGUGUGAUACAAUCUCCGAACUUCUUAAGCGGCGGCUGCGAAUGGUGUCUACGUGUUCAUCCCAAAGGAGACUAUAUUGAAGAUCACUUGGCUCUGUACCUCAGCGUUUCGAAUCCUGAAUCAUUGCGACUUGGAUGGAAAAGAAGAGCUAGUUUUUCCUUCGUUCUGUUAAAUCAAUCAGGCAACGUUCUCAGAACAGAUGAAAAGCUGUUCUGCGCCGAGUUCCUAGGAUGGGGUUGGGCAAGGGCAUUGCCUCUUGAAAAGCUUCAAGAAAAAGGGCUUUUUUUGGAACACCCAGACAUUGCUGUGAAUUUCAGACCAAAAAGCCAAUUGGUGAAGACAACAUACAUGGAUCUCCUCCUUGGUCUCAUCGAGACAUUGAACAAGCCUCCACAUGGCUUAUCCGAGACAGAGCUAAGCAACGCUCGCAGCGAGUUGAUCGAUCUAACAGAAGCAGGCUUCAAGCUGGACUGGUUGAAGACAAAGCUUGAUGAGGUUUCCUUGGAAAGGAAGAAAGCAAGUGCUGAUGGUUCUGGAGUCCAAGAAUUUGAGAAACAAGUCAAGAAUAUGAAGCUUGAACUGGACACGGAGAAGGUCAAGUCUGCUACUUGUGCUGCUAAAGUUUUGUCGUUGGAGCAGGAGGUGUCGGAUCUCAAAGAUGAGCUGAACAAGAAGGAAGGCCAAACUGUUACUCCUAAAGACUUCCUCAAGUAUCUUGUUAACUCUUGGAAAAGAAGAGUG